CUGUCACAACAAGGAGGGCACGUUUCGGAGGAUUCGUCCUGUUUUAGCGUCGCCAGAGAUGAACGUUGGGAGCCUGCACGACUUGAUCUCGCAUAUGUUCGAAUGGGGAUCUCCCUGGACGGUGUUUACUACAUGGCUGAGUGUCAUCAUCGCUGUGAUCCUUACGAUUACAAGAUUCGUUGCGAAGAUUGGAGAGCAUAAAAACAAGCCCACGGCACCCGGCCCUCGGGGAGUGCCCAUUUUCGGCUACCUUCCUUUCUUACGAAAACCUUACCAUAUCACCUUUAAGGAGCUGAGUAAACGCUAUGGACCCAUAAUAAGUGUUAGGCUUGGCUGCAAAAACGUGCUGGUACUCAAUGAUUUCAAGUCUAUCAAGGAAGGACAUUCGAACCCAGAUGUACUCGAUCGGCCGAACGACUUUAUAUUUCGGUACCUCGGAAUGGAAGGUGUCGCUUCAAUCAACGGAGAACGAUGGCAAGUGAACAGGCGGUACUGCUUUCACGUGUUGAGAGACCUCGGUUUUGGAAGGAAAUCUAUGGAGAAACACAUUCAAGAGGAGGCACAGUCCUACAUGGCUCUGCUUGCGUCAGGCAAGAAAGAGCCAAUGCUGGUGGCCCCUACGCUCGCAUCCAGUGUGGCCAACAGCAUGUCAGCUCUGAUAUUCGGCCAACGCUAUGAACAGGAUGACCCGAAGGGUCGCCAUGUAGAGAGAAUGCUGACCAAGUUGCUGCGCGAAGCGCACUUCUUGUCCAUCGCAGAUUUUCUGCCGGCCCUCCGGUUCGUCGCAACACGCCUGCCAACCACGAAGUUGUACGCCAUGAAAUCUGUCUUCCAAGAGCUGCGCGCAUUCAUCAGCAAUGAAGUGCGUGAAAGGGAAGAAGAUACGGAGGUGCACAUUGAGAUGGAUUUCAUAGACGGAUACCUGCGGAAGAUUAAGGAAGGCGAAGGAAAAGAAUCUCACUUCAGUGUUCCGACACUGGUGGGCAGUACGGUCAACUUCUACAGCGCGGCCACCAACACCGUGCGAAGUGCGGUCUUGUGGAACCUGUACAUCGCGGCCAGCGACCCAGACGGUCUGCAAGCGCGCGUGCAGCGCGAAAUCAACGCUGCGAUUGGAUGCAACACGGCGCCCUCUUGGGAAGACAGGCGUCGGACGCCUUUUACAAUGGCGUGCAUCCUGGAGGCUCUCCGGUGGAGGACCACGUCCCCCCUGGGCCUUCAGAGGGCAGCAGGCAGAGACACGGUAAUUUGCGGAUACCACGUUCCUGGCGGCACUAUGGUGAUUGCCAACUUGUGGAGCCUUCACAACGAUCCUGCCUACUGGCCCGAACCGUCCAAGUAUGAUCCCACGCGAUUUCUCAACGCCGACGGCACUGAAGUGAACGACAAGCCGGCGGCGUUUCUUCCUUUUGGAACUGGAAGGAGACAGUGCCCUGGUAAAACGUUGGCCCUGAUGGAGGUCUACUUGUACGUGGCCACAACGCUUCAGAGGUUCAAGGUGCUUCCGGAAGAAGGCAAAGUCAUCUCCCUCGCCACGGCACCCGCUCUGCUCAACGUCGCGAAUGACGCUCAGAAACUGCGUUUUAUACCACGAUAAUAAACCGAAAGCUUGCUAGCGAUUGUU